GAGAGAGAGAGAGAGAGAAGGGAGGAGGGAGGAUCACUGGGCUCCGUGAGCAUGCGAGGAUCAGCAGCAACAGAAUGAGACGGAGAGAGAGAGAGAUAGAGAGCGGUAAAGAGUCAGCAGCAAGCGCAACUGAGGACUGAAGGACUAUCAGAGAUGAGAGAGAGACACCGAGAACGAGGGAGAGGAGAAACAUGCGGACCAAAGAGGAGGAUAAGAAAAGAACAAACCUGCAAUGCCCAGAGAAUCCAUCCAACUCAUCAUCUACGGACGAUUGGUUAGAGACUGAGAAAAGCCUUGACAGUGAUGUCCAAUCCAAAGUAACUAAAGUAGUAAGGAGGUCAUUAAUCGAAGGACAUUGAGAGUUCAGAGCCUUAUUGGAUAUUGAAUUCCUGUCUCCAGCUUCCACCUACAAACUCUCUCACACUGCCUCACAAACACACAAAUUCAUUUGGGUAAACAAAAGCUGGAAACAUUCCCGCUUUCGAUUGGAUAUAAUCCUGCUGACAUUGGCUGAUGUCACCGCUUGCCUCCAACCCGUUCAGCUCCUCAGGGGGCUGAGCCAACCUGCUGAGGAGUAUGGGCAGGAGGGUGGCUGACCCAACCAAUCCAGUGCCUGCGCUAGGGGUUCCCCUGGCAGGGGGGCGAUGGGGCCCGCUCUGCAGUGUCGGGGUGCAAACAUCUCCCGGACUGCGGACUCUCCCCUCCAUCAAACGACACGGCAGCCAACCAACCAACGCGCAUCGGCCGCUCACCAUGGCAACAGACAAAACAACAACAGUGGAGACAGGGGGAGUUAUCAGAAGUGACAGCAACAGUCCGCCAGUGUCCAAGGAGACAUCUCAGAACGAGAUUAACAGCCUGACACAGGACGACAUGGGGUCACAAGGGUCAGGCAGUGGAGUUUACUGCCAGAUCAAAACUAUACAGACAAAUUCCAAGGACACAAGAGGCAACAGGACAGCUCGGUAUACAAAUGGAAGUGUAGUAGCCUCUGACGUGGUGGGAGGGGUUUGCACUGAGGCCACAGACAGUAAGGAGCCAGCCCAAGAGAGGAGGAGGGUGCAGUCUCUACGAGGUGAGGGCCACCGCUCCGUAUUAAAGACGGAGAGUGUUUGUACAACCAUGCACGCCACCCCACCACGGCCCUGUCGAGUGAUGACAACUUCCCCACCCCGCCUUUGUGGGACAUGUGGGAGGAGACGAUCACAGAUUACACCAUGCACAGGUGCAUGUCGCAGGAGGGCUGUCAAUCAAAUAACAGCCAGCCAGACUUUACCUAAUCCGCCACGGACACAGUCUGCAGCUCCCAACCAAUCAAGAAAAGACUCUGCUCUGGACUCUCAGUCUUACACCAGAAACACAGCAAACACCUCUACGCACACAUCUGUAAAGAAUACUCAAAUAGCACAACUGUCACACACUAUACCAAAAACGCACAGCUCACAUUCCAACCACACAACACACUCUCAGAACAAAACAAAAGUUUCAAAGCAGCAGACAAGGCCACAUUCUGCAGACUUUACUCAUUAUAAGGACUCAGCCACACAAACAACAGACACACAGAUGCACAACAACACAGACAGGACCACAGCUACCACACAUACACAACGAGCACACACACCAUCUGCAGAAGCAACAGAACCACAUUCAACUGACAAACACAAGUAUGACUUGGCUAAAAUCCAGCAUGCUGAUGAACAAACACACCAACACAGAUCAGUCAGUAUCACUUCUAAACCUCCAGCUUCUUCCAUUCACAGUGACUCAAAAUCUACCAACACCCCACCUCUCCCUCUAAAAAACUCGCCUAAACCCACUCGUUCCAAACCGACCACACCUGUAACGCAAACCAAAAACACACAGGAGACUACAAAUAUUUCCAAACAAACAUCCUCAGAACGGUUUAAACUCAAGGACUACGCAAAACAGAAGAGCAAAUCAUUUGACGACCACACUCUGCCUUGUAAGACUCAUAUGAAAGCACAAUGUAAUGGGGCGCCAGGAGGACUGUUGGGUGGACACACGGGGAAUGCACCACGCGGGCUGGAGAGGCAGUUGCAGAGUGUGGAGGAGAACCUACAGUCCAAUCAGGAGAAGAUCAAGGUGCUUCUCAACGUCAUUCAAGACCUGGAGAAGAGCAAGGCCCUCAACGAAGGUCGCAGCUCAUACAGAACUGGUCAGGACAUUAACAACUGCCCCACCUGCCAAAAGACAGCCUGCAUCAUCUACAGUGUGGAGCAUGAUUUCCGACAGCAGGAGGGACGCUUACAGGGGGUUAUGGAGGCCCUGGAGGGGGACUAUGAUGUGCCUGCACCCACUCUGACCAAGCCCACGCCAGCCCCUUCCUCCACCAACCGGCCCAGCACUAAGGCCCGUGUCAAGAAACUCAGAAAGAAGUGUUUCUGGUGGCUGUAAGCUUUGAAUAAACCAUAACAACCUUUCUGGCCAUAUGACAUAUGGGUGAUGAUUAUGUUUCAGGAGGCCCCAAUGUUUUGGAAUCUCUCUCAUGGUCCUGUGAGUGUGUAGUGUGUUUAAGUGUCAUUAAAAUCAGUGGGGGUAUUUUCCAAGCUGCAUUCCUGUAAAUGGCACUUUUUCCACAGCAAUCCAUCCUCAGCUCUAAAAAUAUACACCAGGGGACCAGGUAGAGAAAGAGGAAAAGCACUAAUGAAGGAAAAGAGGAUCAAAGGAGCUGCUGACCUUUCCUCUCAGAUCAGUCUAAGAGGAAGAUCGAGAACGAGAUUGCUUCUCUCUGUGGGAACCAGACCUCAGCAGCUAAUUUGUGAUUAACUUUUGACACAAAGUAAGGAUAGUGUUUUCCCAUCUGUGACAGAGAGACGAAGCAUUGGACACUGUUUGUCACUUGGCUGAGUGGCUGCCUAGACAGAUGGACAGAUGUAUGAACGAAUGGAUGGAUUCACACCUACAGCUGGGAAUGAGUCUUCACAAUUUUGGCUAAAUUACAACAGGAAGCAGAGGAAUCAGAAUGAUUUUGAAAAUCCAAGGAAUUUAACAACUUAUCGGAAUACUGUGUCUUUCGACAGCUUGACAGCCAAAAUUUGAGUGUAGCAACAACUGAAGAGCUAAAAGGAUAUGAGUGGAAAACAAGCUGAUGAGAUCUCUGAAAACAAAGACAGCUCACUGAAUGGAUAUCAGGGUUUUGGAGCACGGUGGAGAUUGUAUUAAGAAUACAUUAAGAGACAAUAUGAUAGGCAGCUGAUCACAGACUGACGGGCCUUGUCAGAUGAUUAAAAAUUCUGUCAACUUUGUCUGACAGAGUGAUUGAUUCUCUCCUUUAUUACCAUCCAAAAUGGAAGUGUUUUGAUGUAAGCUCAAUCUUGUUUCAAGGAUUCCUCCCCCCACACACACACACACACACACACAAAUGCAUACAAAUACAUGCACAAGGAGGCAUACACUUACAGGCACUAACACAUACACAUACAUACACUUGUGAGCCAAUGCAAACUAGGGGUAGACCAGUUAUCACUUCACGGUUAGUCAUUUUGUUUUCAUGUUUCAAAGAUGUAUCAAUAUUUGCAAAGUCUGAGCUAAUAAGGCAUCUAUAAACUUUGUAACAAUUCCAGUGAAACUAGUUGUGUAUGUAUGGAGUUUUUCUUAAUUUCACAUUGCACAAAUUGUGCAGAAGAAUGCUCCGUUGUCAUGCAACACGUGGAGAGCCCAAAACUGUCAGUUUCAUAUGAUUUCGCACCCACCAACUGUGACUGUCUGCGGUUUCACAGUGAAUACAUACAGCAAGUUACUUAGUAAAUUAAACAGAAUGUCCAAUCUUUUUGAAAAGUUAUUCCCCAAUGACAAAUAUCACAUUGUUCACGUUAAAUAAUCAUUUCCAUAUCUAUAAAAUUGUUCUGUAGCGUUCAAGCCACACUGCCACUGCUAGCUGGUUCAUUUAGCCACAACAGAGCAACAAAAAUCAAUGCUAAAAACAUACACAGUAGGACUAUACACCUUAUCAAAAUGUACAAACAAAUCUGUAUACUUUAUCAGGUCAAGGUACGUUACCCCAUUUAGAAGUGAAAGUUUAACCAAUAAACAAUAUCUUUGUGAAAUCACAACACAAUUAGUAGAAGAAUAUGUUAUCAGAAAUUAAAACUCAAAAAUCUGUACAAAUUCUGUAUGUGUCUAUCCCUAUUGCAAACACACACCCACACUAUUAUUUUGCACACACAUAAACGCACACCAUUUUCACACUGCUUCGUUCACAACAGUCUAAAGCGUAACCGCUAUUCUCACAAGGGCUUACUUCAGCUGCUUCUGGGUGACAAGUUGCCACCAAUUAGAACCCUGAUUGACACCACACUUACUUAUUAACCAUAACAGUGUGUGAGCUCCCACAAUGCCCCUCUCUUCCUGAUCUUCCUCUUGUAUGUACAAUAAAAGUGUGUAUUUUAAGCAAAA